AUGGUGAACACCGAGGAAGAAAUCGGUCUCCCCGCUCAUUUGUUAGACCAUGAUUAUUUCCGGCCAGUUGUUUACGAGAAUAACCCGAUUGAAGAACUCACGGAUGAAGAUGAAGAAGAACGAGUACUCGAGGAUGAAGAAGAAGAUCCUGUAGAAAACGUUGUACCAGUAACCUACAGACUGAUUCCAGGGAUUCAUCAUGGUUCAAGAGUUUGUGUGAAUAAUUUAGGUUUUAAGUACUACAAGCGCGAAGCCACAGCCAACCGCAUAUACUUGGUAUGUGAGCGGCAAAAAAGUGGGCUUUAUGAGUAUUGUCCUUGUACAGCAUCAGUGAGUACAGAAGUUAUUGACAAUAUAAUAAGAGUUCGGAAUCGUCACAACCAUAGACCUGCAGAUAUAAAUUUACAUGUACCUUUCUUAAGAGAAGCAAUUGGUGCAAAGGGCAUUGAUCCUGAAAACAUGUCUGUUUCAGUUAGGACUGUUUACAACAAUGCAAUUGUUCAGUAUCCAGAAGCUGCUAACAAUUACACAUUUAUGCAAGGACAGAGAAGAUGGAAGAGGAUGCGUAGGUCUCGUCAACCAAAUGGCGGACGCAUACCCGAGAACAUCCAUGAGCUCACUGAAGCAUUGACCCGACCAGAGAAUGCUGUGUACAGUCACACGCUUCAAACACCACCGUCAACAUUCUUCCAACAAGAACUAGUGAUCAACGGAACAAGCAAAGGAGUUAUUUUUGCAAACUUGGAUGCAAUUAGAAGAUUUAGAGAAGAGUUGGCCACAGUAACAACUGUUGGCAUUGAUGGAGCAUUCAAGACUGUUCCAGCUGCUCCAGCAGACUUGAAAAGUUUCCUGACUUUUCAAGUGGUAUUUAAGAGUGUGUCGUUCCCAAUGGUGUAUGUCCUUCUAAGAAGUCGGACAGAAGAAACAUACGUCACAUUAUUUAACAUUGUACGGCAAAUUUUACCUCUUAACUAUAAUUUAACUCGGUUUGUUACAGAUUUUGAAAGAGGACUCAUGAAUGCAGUUCAACAAGCAUUUCCAGAAAGCAGAUUGGGAUGUUGCUGGUUUCAUUAUACCCAAACGAUUGUACGUUAUUGUCAUCGUAAAUCGAAUGGUGUUUUGGAUCUAGUCAAGAGAAGUCCUGAAGCAGCUCGUGUUUUCAGAAUGGUUCUUGCACUGCCUCAUCUUUUCAGUUGA